GUCAGAUCAACAUUUUCGUCGUUGCUGUCGUCGUCAUUAUAGCCACCACCGUUUGCCAAUUUGGCUCGAUUCACCUCGUCAGAAUUUGGUCUCAAUCAGUCAGUCGUGCACCGUUCAGCUCGGGACUUGUGAUUCGCUGGUCGGUUGACCAAAAUCUAAGAAAAGGUAGUCGAUUCGCUGAGAACUCUGCAUAUACAGAUUUUUUUCCACUGCAAAUUUGCUAAGCAAACACAUAUUUCAACCAUACAAGUGCGGAACUAUCACGGAAGAAAUACACAAUCACCCCAAAAAUAGUACAGCCGACAACUUAAUAGUGGGUGCUUAAUCAGUGCAACAAUCAGUUUGAUUUGAUUCCUGUUCCCGUCGUACAACUUAAAACUUAAUACAAGUGUGUGUGUAUGUAAUGGCGUUUUUGCGUUCCAUUUGUGCUCAACGUGCCACAUCAAAUUUGGUUUAUAGUCGCAAUAAAAGUAAUAGGAGCGCAACAUCUGUGUGGAGAUCGAGUGGUGAGGCAACCGCCACACCAUCAAUAUCGACAUCGGCAUUGUUAGGAUCAACGAACCAGCAGCAAGUACGUCAUGUAAGCAAUCGUAAAGCAGACGAUCCCAAAUACUCAGCGGUAACACAGAGUCAGUUAAGUCGACGACAGCAGCAGCAACGCCAACUUCUCAGCAGCAUUCUCUUCUCACCUGCCUACAGCUCACGGCAUACACUAUUCACGAGAGGUCCGCUUGAUCGAUCCGUAGUUGCUGCUCGGCAAGAGGCUGAGCCUGAAGUAAAACGACCCCGAUCUCAUAAGCCCCCACAACAACAACCAAAUGUUCCUGUUAAUCCCCAACGUGAUCCACUGGAUGUCAGUUUCAAUGAUCCAGUCGCGGCAUUCAAGAGCAAAACAACAUGGGAGCUGAUACGCGCUUACUUGGUGUACACCGUUUGUUCCAUUGAACCUGUAGUGGAGAACAAUCUCAAGCUAAUGAAGAUCGCCAAUACAUUGCUCGGCGACAAAUUGUUUACAAUGCUGAUGAAGGCUACGUUCUAUGGUCAUUUUGUAGCUGGCGAAGAUCAAGUCAAAAUCAUCCCAACACUAGAAAGGUUGCGCUCGUUUGGUGUGAAACCGAUUCUCGAUUACUCUGUGGAGGAGGAUCUCUCUCAGGAAGAGGCUGAGAAACGUGAAGUUGAAUCUUCAGUUUCUAGCGCUGGCGAUGUCAAAGAUGAUGGUACGAUAGCGCAAUAUCAUGUCGAGAAGUCCUUCGCCGACCGUCGUUACAAAGUGAGCAGUGCGCGAACUUACUUCUACUUGAAUGAAGCUACUUGCGAGCGUAACAUGGAGAUUUUCAUAAAAUGCUUGGAAGCCGUCUCAGAUGACGAUCACAAAACUGUACCCCGACCCGUUGCUGAGGGCGCCACCUUUGGUACGGGUAUUACGGCAAUUAAGCUUACGGCGCUUGGACGGCCCCAGCUUUUGCUGCAAGUUUCGGAAGUGAUAAUGCGUACUCGCAAAUACAUGGAGGACCUAGUCGGUGGUCAGGGUAAUGUACUGACUCAUCACAAAACGAUUAAAGAUCUGGAAAAGUACUAUUCCAGUUUGGGUGACAAUAAAAACGUGCAGGAUUUCUUGAAGAAUGUUACUUCGGACAAGGAAGGUAUUCUCCACUUAUUCCCCUGGUCUGGCAUUGUGGAUGAGGACUCUCAGUUGAGUGACACAUUCCGUGUGCCAGACCCACAGACCGGACAAAUGCGUCGACUGAUCUCACAGAUUCCGCCCAAAGAAGAGGAAAUGUUCAGGAACAUGAUUCGCCGUGUCAAUACUAUUGUUAAAGCUGCUGCGGAUCUGGACGUGCGCAUAAUGAUCGACGCUGAACAGACAUAUUUCCAACCUGCCAUUACGCGCAUCACUCUGGAAAUGAUGCGAAAAUACAACAAAGAGAAGGCCAUCGUAUUCAACACAUAUCAGUGUUACUUGCGAGAAACCUUCGGAGAGGUGUGCACUGAUCUGGAACAAGCGAAACGUCAGAACUUCUAUUUUGGCGCCAAAUUAGUGCGUGGCGCCUAUAUGGAACAGGAGCGAGAGCGCGCGGCUAGCAUGGACUAUCCGGAUCCUAUCUGCGCCAAUUAUGAGGCCACCACUGAUAUGUACCACAAAACAUUGACUGAAUGCCUGCGAAGAAUAAAAUUAUUGAAAGACUCCGGUGAGGACGCUAAGAAGAUUGGAAUUAUGGUGGCAUCACACAACGAGGACACAGUGCGCUUUGCUAUCGAAAGAAUGAAGGAAAUUGGUAUCUCACCCGAGGAUAAAGUCAUCUGCUUUGGUCAAUUAUUAGGAAUGUGCGAUUAUAUCACCUUCCCACUAGGUCAAGCCGGCUACUCAGCGUACAAGUACAUCCCCUAUGGACCAGUCAAUGAAGUUUUGCCAUAUUUGUCUCGGCGAGCACAGGAGAAUAAAGGUGUCUUGAAGAAAAUUCAAAAGGAGAAACGCUUGCUACUUUCCGAAAUACGGCGUCGGUUUUUGACUGGCAAAAUGUUCUACAAGCCUAAGGGCAACUAUGUGCCCAUAUAAACUUGCCCCACUUAGAAGGUCCAUCACACAAAUCGAAAACAAACUUACAUACACACACAUACAAAUAGUACGUCGAGCAUACAGAAUGGGAAUCACCAAUUGCCGAUCAUAGAUGCAAUAAAACAUUGCUGAAAAAUCAAAAUGUGUAAGAUUUUAUUUAUACAAAUAAAUCCUUAACCGAAACUCACAAGAAAUUGAUAUUAUGAAAUAUUUGUAUCUAUAAUAAAUGUGAAGCCACUGAUAUAAAAUGAAAAAUGUUAAACAUUCGACUUACAUACCUGAAAACUGUAUCUAAUUUUCGAGAACAACAACAACAUCACAUUUGAGGAUUGCUACCAUGUGCUUAACGAUGUUUUGGCACAUGUUUACUCGGACAUACGUGUAUAUAUGUAUUUAAGUGCUGAAGUCAAAUUAAAGUGCAACUGCGUCUGAGACAGUCCUAUGCACGCAAACAUUGUGGACUCACUGGAAAGAAAAGACGCAGUUGGGUGCAUGCAUGUGUGUACGAACUGCGGAGGCAUAAUCCUCGAACGCUGCUCGAAAAUUCAAAAAUCUCGUCACUAUUUUACUUUAAGUUGAUCGAUCUAGUUCGUGUUUUAAUUAUAAGACAUAUUUUGUGGUGGCGCGUUUUAUCCUUAAGAAACUAUGCUAAUGUAUGCAACAUACAUACCUCUUAGCGCUGCAAGUGCUGCUCGUAUUAGUUUUAUUAUUUUAAUUAUGUAAGCGAGAUAGAUCUAAGCACCUCUCUCCCCACAUGUAUUCGAGAUGUUUCAGUCCUAAAAUAUAUUUUUACCAAUAUCUAGUGGAAUCGAAUGUAAAUUAACUCAAUGUAAACAUUUUGAAUUUUAUUUCGAGAGAGUCUUUUAGAUCAUUGAAUGCACCUACACAUACAUACAGAUAUUUAGUAUAAUUUCUUGUUAAAAUCAUAUGGUAGCUUAUUAUUUAGUUUUGUUUGGCGCCUAAAUAUAUGCUUUAUGACUAUAUUCAAGUAUUAUAAUAAAUAAUAAACAAGUGAUUGUAAUGCCCAAAAGUUCAUGCGCUCCGCAAGCUUCAGUUUUAUUAAUCGCCACUCUGUUUGGUAAAUAUUUAUUUUCAGCCCGUAAAAAAACGAAAGCAAAAGCAAGAA